AUGGAUUGGAUCGUGGUGUUGGCGACGUUCAACGUCAACAUGCAGCCGCCUUCAGAAGAAGGCGUCGUUCAAUUAUUGGCCGGAACACCUCCAGAUCCCCACAUUCUCGUCGUCGGUAUGCAAGUGAAUAUCUUCUUUUUUUGGGUUUAAUUAUAGCUUCGAUUUUUGUUCUCCUGAAGCUUCAGGGUUUCUCAGAAAACCCUUAAGUAACCCCUCCAAAAACUGAUUUUUUCGAACUUUCCUCUUCAGUUCUUCAAGCAUAUUUAAAACGAGUAAUCAGAAAAGUUGAAGAAGGAACAUUCUAGGAACGCCAGAAGUGAAAAGCAGCCCCUAUAGGGAAAAAAAUAAGCCUCCCUAGAGGGCUGAAGUUUCAGGGGUCCCUCUUGGGUUCUGUUGAUAAUUUUUCCUUCGAAAAGCCUAAAUUAAUUGAUUUUUCCGCAUAGAAAUGUUUAUCUCUUGGUCAAUUUCAAACCUGCUGAUAUUUUUCAAAAAAUCAUUUAAUGAGAACUGAAACUCCUUUAGUGACCACUAGAAUGCUUGCAAAAGGUGGCCCCUCUAGGGGAAUCUUCAAAGGCCCUUAAGGCUACCUUCAAGAUGCAUUUCAGAAAUAAAAUGUAUAAUUUUCACAUUAUUUUUCGCUAUAAUUCCCACCAGUAAAUGCACGAAAGUCGGCUCUCAAGAUCGCGCCCCCAUUGCAAAAAAGCCGCGCCCCUAUUGCAUUUAACCACAGAAACACUGUGAAGACCCCUAAAGUUGUCUUGAAGGGCCCCUCAGAGCAAAAUUUAAGAGUUUUUUACCAAUCAGGUGAGGAAAAAACGAAAUUUUGAAGUUUAUAACCCAAAAUUUUUGAUAAAGCAAUUUUCAGGAAGUGGCCCAUUCGGAAACGAUCGGCGGCGCGGCGGAAACCUGGCAGAAACAUUUCGUCAAGUGGGCCACCAAAGUCGGCCAUCUAACUCUGUUAACGAAGAAUUAUCAAGCCACCAAUCAAAUCUCGAUUUUUGUACGGAAACGGCUUGUUUCUUAUGUCAGUCAUCAUUUCCUUUUUCAAAGAAAUUCUUGCGAAAUUCAAAAUUCUGUUAGCUUUUUCGUUCUCUGACGGAUAUUUUUAGUUUCGCGGAGUCACUUUGAACACAGCAAUAACUUUGAAAAAAAGCCGCUUUUCAGAUAAAAAAGAUUGAUUUUCGAUUCGCCCGGAAUACUUUAGGAGGCCUGACGGGACAUAAAGGAUCCAUUGGCGUGAGAAUUCAGUUGAGGGUUCGUUUUGAAGGGAUUUUUUUCAAAAAUCUCGUUCUCCCGAAAUGUCAAUUUCGUGUACUUUUUUUUGGGCCGUUCAUGAAUUUUCUCCGCGAAAUGGUUAGAAGGAAUUUUGGGUCCGCAAAUAUUCGUGAGCGUGAACUGUGCAUACACCGAUGUUGGGGGCUCCAAUAUUGAAAAAAUAUUUCAGGAAAUAUUCGCCUUCUUUCGUAUGCAUUCUUUAUCAACUUGUCUUUACAAAAAAUUGGAAAAUCUCAAAAAUCAAAAAAAGAGGGAAAAAUCCCAAGAAUUCACACAUUUUCAAGGCGGCCGUUCGUAUUACGGUAGUCAAGCUAGAUUUUUUUCGGUAAUAAAAUGAAAAACUGGUGUACUUUUUGUGACGAGAAAUAGGUCCUAAACAAAUUGCAAGAAAGAAAAAAAUUUAAAAAAAUUUCAUGGCUCCGAAAUUGACGGCGCAAUAUUGACAGGCCGCCGUAGCGCUGCCCUAAACAAGCGUGAAUCGUUUUCCAAGAUCCGAUCCUCAAAUAUCGGUGUAUGCACAAUUCACGGUCACGAACAUUCUCGGAUCCAAAAUCCCUUCCUACCAUCCGAAAAAUUGAUACUUUUGUCACAAAAACUAAUCGAAAUGAUCAUUUUUUUCAAGUUUUGUUUGUAGAAUCCGUUCUCGUUGGUUUUCGUGAACAGCCAUUUUAUCCAUGACGCGGCCGCCUAUGAACGUCGUCUGGCCCAAUAUCAAUCCAAUCGGCAUUGCAUGUUCCCCGAAGAUUCCAGUGUUAGGUUAUCACUUCCCCGACCUCACAAAUCAUCAAAAACCCCCUUUUUAGAGCCACAUUUUGGGUAGGAGACCUGAACUUCCGCGUCGAUCAUGACACGGAGGAGGUCCUUCAAAUGAUCCAAAACGGGACACAUUUAUCGCUUCUCGAGAAGGACGAUCAGUUGAAAAAGGCGCAACGAGACGGGGAAGCCUUCAAAAAGUUCAAAGAGCAGCCGAUCAAUUUCAGACCGACUUAUAGGUUUGUGAAAAAUUAUAAUUUUCAUCGGGGAAAAUUUUUAGUGGCCGCUAUAGAGGCUCGCCAAGGACUACUUGGAGAGGACACUGAAGUGGCCACUAAACCCACCUCUAUAGUGGCCACUAUUUUCCUUUUUAGUGGCCACUUCAGUAGUUUUUCAUCCAGUAUUCCUUCCAGUAACUCUGAUAAUUUUGAAACAAACAGAUUGGACCAGUUAUGUUGAUCCAUUGACCCCUAAAAUGGCCACUAAAAUUUUUAGUGACCUAAUAAUAUCACUCAGACCUCUAUAGUGGCCACUAAUUUUAAACUUCUUAAGAGGUCGCUAAUUUUACUACUAUAGGGGCCGCUAAAACGUCAAAACCCUAUAGUGGCCACUAAAAAUUCAAAUCUAUGAAAACCCAGCACUUAGAAACUUCAGAGUAGUCACUAUAGGGCGAAACCGCGGUAUUGGAGAAAAUAGCGGUCCCUCAAGUGAACUCUUUAGGAGUUCAUGGUCUUACCUCUAAGCUCCUGAGGCUCAAGUGCUCCUUUUAGUGAUCUUUCAGUUUUUUUUUUCUGUUUACAAAGCUUAAAAGACGUAUGAGACCCCUAGAAUACUCCACUAGAGUGCCCCCUCCUGCAAGGUUUAGUACCCCCUACAGGGGGAGGUAAGGCGAUCCCUUGAGGGGAACCUACAAAAGCCCCCUAUAGUGACCACUCUGAAGCUACUAAGUAUGGUUCCCCUUUCAGUCUCAAUAUUUAGAACAGAAAACCCCCAAUUUUUCAAUCGGCAGCAUAGAUUUUUUCCACACAACUGCAGAUUUCUGAUAUUUUCGAAAUUUAAAGGCUCGGGUCUUAAAUAAAAACUGAAUAAAAUAAGAGGCUAAAAAAGGGCGCAGGAAGGUCCCAAAAAGGCAGCAAAAAGGCCACAAAAAGGCAGCAAAAAGGCAACAAAAAAGGUCCCUUUGUCGAGCCUUCCAUUUUCUGGGAAAGGCUCAAGAAAUGCUGGAAAAAGGGAGCAAAAAUGGUGCAUAAAGGCUCAGAAAAUGGCGCAAAAAGGCACCAAAAAGGGAGCCUUUGUCACCUUAAAAGCAAAAUUUCUAUGGAGCCUUUUUCCGACUUUGCCUAUGUUCUUAUACUUAAAACAUUUUUUUUGCAUCACUGAAUUUUUGCUAUUUUGCUAUUUUCAUUUAUUUUCCGUAUUCAGCGUCCAUAAUUUCAUUUUUACAUAUUCUUGAAAAUAAUCCGGGAACUUUUUUCUCAGGUUAUUCGUUGGAACGACGAAACACGACGGGAAAAGGACACCUUCUUGGUGUGACCGGAUUCUUUACAAGGUAAUUUUAAAAAAAUUAUUACGGAAGUGAUAAUUUCUGAAUUUUUUUCAGGGCGAAGAUAUUCACCCGGUCACUUAUAAUUCCAAUGAGAAUGUGGUCAGUAGCGACCAUUUCCCGGUUUUUCGCGACUUUUUAACUUGAAGGUUAUUUUUGAUAAGUUAAAAAAAUAAUAAGUCAUAAAGUUAAACAUUUUCGAAUUGUGAAUAUUCUCCGUGAAAGUAGAAAGUUCUAUAUAAAUAUUAUUUAUAUCGUAGAAAAAAUUGAAAAAAUAGGAAUAAAAAGGUCAUUUUCAAUAAAUAUGGCUUGUAAAGAGUUGAGAUAGUCUUGCGAAGUGGUCCCUAGAGGUGCCUCUUUUGGGACCACUUUAAUUUCCCUAUAGAGGUACUAAAGCUUGUGAAAGUGGCCUCUCAAGGGACUUUAGUUAGUGGCCAUUUUAGUGGUAGCGUUUAUUUUAUAGUUAUGAAUUCUUUGAGUAGACGCAUUUCCAUGCUAAAAACUUGAUAAAUUGGCGGUUUUGAAUUCAAAAUUUAAACAGAGAAUCGAUCGAUCAAAUUUUUAACCAAUAAAAUCUUUUAAUAUUUCGAAAUCGGAAAAAAAAUGGAAGGUUCCCUUUAGGGUCCACUUGAGCUUUAGGGGUUUAUGCCUCAGACCCUUAACCUCCUAAAGAACCACUUCAAUUUUAGCCCUUGAUGAAGCACUUCCCUAUAGGGACUGUUUUUUUUUUUGCUAACCCCUCUAGGGGCCACUCAAAUCUACUAACAGUACAAUUUUAUUCCAACGUGGAAAAAAAAAGUAAAUUUUUGAUAGAAAACAAUAUUUUUAAGUUUUUCUUUGGAAAACCGUGAGAUAAAUACGAAAAAGGUUGGUUUUAUUUUCAAAAGGACGAAUUUCCAGAUGAAAAGCGCUCCAACGGCCGAUUGGGACGUGAUAUUCGAGAAGCUGCCAACUUGGUACACAUCCGUCCCGUUGAUCGGCCGGUUACAAAUUAAGGCGUCUUAUUGGAAAGACCGCGGAAGCUACAGGGAUUGGAUCGGGCUUUAUCCGGUGGGUUUUUGUUUUGCCCGUCCGUAGGUGGCCUGUAAAGACACGGCGUUUUUUCGACGACGCCACGCCCACUUUUCCUCCGUAAAGUGUCGUGUGUCGUGUGCAUGCACUGCGCCGAUUUCGCGCAGAAAAUUGCGUCAAUGUAGAUAAAUUUUCGAUUCGUCCUCUGGCAAUACGGCGGCCUGCGCCUUUAACCGUGUUAUUUACGCUCUUAGGGCCGAAAUCUCUGCCGUUCCCAUGACGUCAGGUGGGAACGGUGGAUAUUUUGGCUCCGCCCACCGUUUUUUUUCGGUUUCGCUAUUUCUUCCACUAACAAAAACGCCGUGAAGAUGCUGUAGAAGAAAUUUUGUAAGUAACAAGGAACUAUAAUGUUCAAGAUAAAAUAAGGGGUUAUACAGCCCAUUCCGAGCCAGCUUGACAUUAUUUUUUGUUACAUAACCCUCCGAGGAAGCUUCCCUUCGAGACGCUUGACCAUUCUCCGUGCAUGCGCCUUUAAUAUAACAUUAAUUUGUGGCUAAAUUAAAGGCGCAUACGCAGAAACAGCCCGCGCGCACCGAUGGGAAGGGUUCUGUAACUCGGAUGGACCUUCCCUUCGAGACGCUCGACCAUUCUCUGCCCAUGCGCCUUCAAUAUAACGGAUAAUUUGGGGCCAAAUUAAAGGCGCAUACACAGAGACGGCCCGCGCGCUUCGGUGGGAAGCGUUCUGUAACUCGGAAGGACCUUCCCUUUGAGACGCCUGACCAUUCUCUGUGCAUGCGCCUUUGAUAUAACGAUAAUUUGUGGCUGAAUUUAAGGCGCAUACACAGAGACGGCCCACGCGCUUCGGCGGGAAGGGUUCUGUAGCUCGGAGAAAAAAAAAAUCGUGAAACGGGAUAAACGAUAAAUGACACUAUAGCCAGCGAACACAGAAAAAGAAAAUUUUUCAUUUUUUUUCCUUGUAAACGCUUCACUCAAGUGGUCGCUCUCAUUUCGAGGCUUCCAUCUAAAGCACGGUCUCCGGGGUUCCGCUACGUUCUGAGCUCCUCCAGGCGCAACUGAAUGGACUACUCGCAGAAGAAAAAAGAACCGUAAGAUCAGGCUUUCAACAAGAUCAACUACACGUUCGGUCUUCUAGGUCGCCAAAGGCGGUUGUUCGUUAUAACUUCAAAAAUAUUUGUUCUCCGCCUAGUCGAUUAAAUCUGACUAAAACAACAAAAUAAAGGAUUCAUUGAUUGAUUUUGCAUUGUUCUAGGCGACAAUCGACGACUGCACGACGGCCCUCCACUGGAUGUACGUGGCGACGUGUGUCCAGCAGACGGUAGAUGACACCCGUUACCACGUCUGCGAGUUCGUCAACCUCGACGUCGGCAAGUACCGUCUCGGAUACUUCUCCGCCUACUCCAACUGCCUCGUCGGCCUAUCCAAGACCUUCGAAGUCGUUGAACAACCCGAAUAG